AUGGGCAAGGUUUCCUUCGGCGUCCGGGUCAGCUCGGUGCGGAGAGCCCGCUGCUCUUGUCCCGGGCGAUGCUACCUCUCCUGCAGGGUACCUCUAGCCGCCGCCCCCCACUCCCCGAGCGGGCUCGGCUGCGUGCGGGUUCCGGGGGAGGCUGCAGGUGGAGCCGUCGGACCCGGCCCCUCGGGAUCCUGUGGCUUCCUCUCCGAGCCCAAGUUCCAGGCUCCCCGCAGCUGGAAAGACUGCGUCGGAGCCCCGCCUGCCCGAGACGUCUUGAGAGCCGACAGCAGCGUGGGCGAGGGCUGUCCUCGGAAGCUGGUGACGGCCAGUUUGCUACGCUUCCUCCUGCUGGUGCUCAUCCCCUGCAUCUGCGCCCUCAUCGUGCUGCUGGCCAUCCUGCUGUCCUUCGUGGGAACACUAAAAAAGGUUUACUUUAAAUCAAACGGCAGUGAACCGUUGGUCACUGAUGGUGAAGUUGAAGUGCCUGGUGUUAUCUACGUAAACGCAGUUUAUAAUGAGAGCGCAGAGGCACCCUCUACGUCCCCCAGCCAAUCCACUCCAGCCUGGACGCCUAGAGCUCCUCCUCUCUCUGGGGACCAGAGUCACAGGAAUACAAGCACCUGCGUGAACAUCACUCACAGCCAGUGUCAGAUUCUGCCCUACCACAGCACGCUGGCACCUUUCUUGCCAAUUGUCAAAAACAUGGACAUGGAGAAAUUCCUCAAGUUCUUCACAUACCUCCACCGCCUCAGUUGCUAUCAGCAUAUCCUGCUAUUUGGCUGCAGCCUCGCCUUUCCUGAGUGUGUCAUUGAUGGUGAUGACAGGCGUGGCCUCCUGCCCUGUCGAUCUUUCUGUGAGGCUGCAAAAGAAGGAUGUGAGUCUGUCCUGGGGAUGGUGAACUCCUCCUGGCCAGAUUCCCUCAGAUGCUCUCAGUUUUUAGACCACACUGAGAACAAGAACAAUGUCAGCAAGAUCUGCUUCUCCCUGGAGCAGGAACAUGGAAAGCAAUCGCUCUGCGGAGGCGGUGAGAGCUUCCUGUGUGCCAGUGGCUUCUGUGUCCCCAAGAAGGUCCAGUGUAAUGGCUAUAAUGACUGCGAUGACUGGAGUGACGAGGCUCACUGCAACUGCAGCGAGGAUCUGUUUCACUGUCACACAGGCAAGUGCCUCAACCGCAGCCUUGUGUGCGACGGGUAUGACGACUGUGGGGACCUGAGCGAUGAGCAAAACUGUGAUUGCAAUCCUACAAAAGAGCACCGCUGUGGAGACGGGCGUUGUAUUGUGGCCGAGUGGGUGUGUGAUGGGGACCAUGACUGCGUGGACAAAUCUGACGAGGUCAACUGCUCUUGUCACAGCCAGGGCCUGGUGGAAUGCAGAAGUGGGCAGUGCAUCCCUGGCACCUUCCAGUGUGAUGGAGAUGAAGACUGCAAGGACGGGAGUGACGAGGAACACUGCAGUGACAGUCAGACACCAUGUCCAGAAGGAGAUCAGGGGUGCCUCGACAGUUCCUGCCUCGAUUCCUGUGCUGGUGCCUCUCCAUGCGACUCGGACAGCAGCCCAAGCAACUGUAGUCAAUGUGAGCCAAUCACUCUGGAACUCUGUAUGAAUUUGCCCUACAACUAUACACAUUAUCCAAAUUACCUUGGCCACUGGACUCAAAAGGAAGCGUCAAUCAGCUGGGAGUCAUCUCUCUUCCCCGCACUUGUACAAACCAAUUGUUACAAAUACCUCAUGUUUUUUGCUUGCACCAUUCUGGUCCCAAAGUGUGAUGUGAAUACAGGCCAACGCAUCCCCCCUUGCAGACUCCUGUGUGAGCACUCCAAAGAGCGCUGUGAGUCUGUCCUUGGGAUCGUAGGCCUCCAGUGGCCUGAAGACACAGAGUGCAAUCAAUUUCCAGAGGAAAAUUCGGAUAAUCAGACUUGCCUCCUGCCCAAUGAAGAUGUGGAAGAAUGUUCACCGAGUCACUUCAAGUGUCGAUCGGGGCGAUGCGUGCUGGGCUCCAGAAGAUGUGAUGGCCAGGCUGACUGUGAUGACGACAGUGACGAAGAGAACUGCGGUUGUGAAGAAAGAGACCUUUGGGAAUGUCCAUUCAACAAGCAAUGUCUGAAGCACACUCUAAUCUGUGAUGGGUUUCCAGACUGCCCGUAUGGCAUGGAUGAAAAAAACUGCUCAUUUUGCCAGGAUGACGAGCUGGAAUGUGCCAACCAUGAGUGUGUACCACGUGACCUGUGGUGUGAUGGAGGGGCCGAUUGCUCAGACAGUUCAGAUGAAUGGGACUGUGUGACCCUCUCUAAAAAUGGGAACUCCUCCUCAUUCCUGACUGUUCACAGAUCUGCAACAGAACACCACGUGUGCGCUGACGGCUGGCAGGAGACGUUGAGUCAGCUGGCGUGCAGGCAGAUGGGUUUAGGAGAACCGUCUGGGACGGAGCUGACCCACGGACCGGAAGGCCAGCACUGGCUGGGGCUGCAUUCCGGCGGGGAGAAUCUCAAUGGGACCACCUUGCAGGAGCUGCUGGUGCCCAGGCAGUCCUGCCCAAGCAGAAGUAAGAUUUCCCUUCUGUGUACUAAGCAAGACUGUGGUCGACGCCCUGCUGCCCGAAUGAACAAGAGGAUCCUUGGAGGUCGGACUAGUCGUCCUGGGAGGUGGCCAUGGCAGUGCUCUUUGCAGAGUGAGCCCAGUGGACAUAUCUGUGGCUGUGUCCUCAUUGCCAAGAAGUGGGUUCUGACAGUUGCCCACUGCUUUGAGGGGAGAGAAGAUGCUGAUAUUUGGAAAGUGGUAUUUGGCAUAAACAACCUGGACCAUCCGUCAGUCUUCAUGCAGACCCGCUUUGUGAAAAACAUCGUGCUACAUCCCCGGUACAGCCGUGCCGUGGUGGACUACGACAUCAGCAUAGUGGAGCUGAGCGAUGACAUCAGCGAGACAAGCUACGUCAGACCUGUCUGCUUACCCAGCCCGGACGAGUUUCUAGAACCAGAUACGUACUGCUACAUCACCGGCUGGGGCCACAUGGGCAACAAAAUGCCCUUUAAGCUGCAGGAGGGGGAGGUCCGUAUUAUUCCUCUGGAGCAGUGCCAGGCAUACUUUGACAUGAAGACCAUCACCAGUCGGAUGAUAUGUGCCGGCUAUGAGUCCGGCACCGUGGACUCGUGCAUGGGAGACAGUGGUGGGCCUCUGGUCUGUGAGCGACCCAGAGGACAGUGGACAUUAUUUGGUUUGACUUCGUGGGGCUCCGUCUGCUUUUCCAAAGUCCUGGGACCUGGAGUUUACAGCAAUGUGUCUUACUUCGUUGAAUGGAUCCAAAGACAAAUCUAUAUCCAGACCUUUCUCCAAAAGGAAUUCCAAGGAUAAUCAGGGGCUUUGCCGGAAACCUCCAGCAAGAAUGGCCCUCCUGACCGUGGAGAUUGUCCUGCCAAGAGCUGCACAGGCAGGCAGGCUUUUCAUGGCCAGGAUGCUCAACGUUCACUGCAGGAUCUCCUGCUGUUAG